AUGUCAAAAUCAAACGAAACAGCAAUAGGAAUAGAUUUAGGAACUACAUAUUCAUGUGUAGGUGUAUUUAUAAAUGAUAAAGUUGAAAUCAUAGCUAAUGAUUAAGGAAAUAGAACAACUCCUUCAUAUGUAGCCUUUACAGAGAAUGAAAGAUUAAUAGGAGAUGCUGCAAAGAACUAAGUUGCUAGAAAUCCUUAGAAUACAGUUUUUGAUGCUAAGAGACUUAUUGGAAGAAAGUUCAAUGAUCCAACAGUUUAGAAGGAUAUUAAAUUAUGGCCAUUUAAAGUAGAAGCAGGUGCUGAUGAUAAACCAUUGAUAGUUGUUAAAUUCAAAGGAGAAACUAAGAAAUUCCAUCCAGAAGAAAUUUCAUCAAUGGUUUUAACAAAAAUGAAGGAAAUAGCAGAAGCAUAUCUUGGAAAAUAAGUUAAAAAUGCAGUUAUUACAGUACCAGCAUAUUUCAAUGAUUCAUAAAGAUAAGCAACAAAAGAUGCUGGUUUGAUUUGUGGAUUAAAUGUACUUAGAAUAAUAAAUGAACCAACUGCAGCUUCAAUAGCUUAUGGAUUAGAUUAGAAAACAAAAGGAGAAAAGAAUGUUUUAAUAUUUGAUCUUGGAGGUGGUACAUUUGAUGUUAGUUUAUUAACAAUUGAUGAAGGAAUAUUUGAAGUUAAAGCUACUUCUGGUGAUACUCAUUUAGGAGGAGAAGAUUUUGAUAAUCGUUUGGUUGAGUAUUGUUGUGCAGAAUUCUAGAAGAAAAAAGGAAUCGAUUUAAGAUCUAAUGCUAGAGCUUUAAGAAGAUUGAGAACAUAAUGUGAAAGAGCUAAAAGAAUAUUAUCAUCUGCCAAUUAAACUACAAUUGAAUUAGAUGCUUUGGCUGAAAAUGAAGAUUUUAAUUGUUCAAUCACAAGAGCUAAAUUUGAAGAAUUAUGUUUAGAUCAAUUUAAGAAAUGUAUUCCACCAGUUGAAUAAGUUCUUAAGGAUAGUGGUAUGUCAAAGAGUUAAAUUCAUGAAGUAGUAUUAGUAGGAGGAUCUACAAGAAUUCCAAAAGUUUAAGAAUUAUUAAAGGAUUAUUUUAAUGGAAAAGAGUUGAAUAAAUCAAUUAAUCCAGAUGAAGCAGUUGCAUAUGGUGCAGCAGUAUAAGCAGCAAUCUUAACUGGAACUGGAUCAUAAAAAUGUGAAAAUUUAGUAUUAUUGGAUGUAACACCAUUAUCUUUGGGUAUUGAAACAGCAGGAGGUGUUAUGAGUGUAUUGAUUCCAAGAAAUACUACAAUUCCUACUAAAAAGAGUUAAGUAUUUACAACUUAUGCUGAUAAUCAACCAGGAGUCUUAAUUUAAGUAUUUGAAGGUGAAAGAUAAAUGACAAAAGAUUGUCAUAAAUUAGGAUAAUUCUAAUUAGAUGGUAUUGCUCCUGCUCCUAGAGGUGUUCCUUAAAUUGAAGUCACAUUUGAUAUUGAUGAAAAUGGUAUCAUGAAUAUUCUUGCUGAAGAUAAGGCUUCAAAGAAAAAUAAUAAGAUUACUAUUACAAAUGAUAAAGGAAGAUUAUCUAAAUAAGAUAUAGAUAGAUUAGUAAGUGAAGCUGAAAAGUAUAAAGCUGAUGAUGAAAAAAUUAAAUUAAGAAUUGAAGCCAAAAAUAAUUUAGAGUCAACUGCUUAUCAUAUGAAGAAUACAAUGAAUGAUGAAUAAUUUAAGGAUAAAUUUACUUCUGAUGAAAAGAGACAAUUAUCAGAUUUAGUUGAAUAAACUUAAAAAUGGUUAGAUUCACAUUAAAAUGAAGAAGCUGAUGUUUAUAAAGACAAAUUAAAAGAACUUGAAUCUAAAUUCCAUCCAAUUAUGCAAAGAGUAUAUGCCUAAACUGGAGCUGCUGCUGGAGCUGGAGCAUCAAUGCCUAAUAUGAAUAGAGGAGCUGGAUCAGAAUUCAAACCAACAGUAGACUNUGAGUAUUGUUGUGCAGAAUUCUAGAAGAAAAAAGGAAUCGAUUUAAGAUCUAAUGCUAGAGCUUUAAGAAGAUUGAGAACAUAAUGUGAAAGAGCUAAAAGAAUAUUAUCAUCUGCCAAUUAAACUACAAUUGAAUUAGAUGCUUUGGCUGAAAAUGAAGAUUUUAAUUGUUCAAUCACAAGAGCUAAAUUUGAAGAAUUAUGUUUAGAUCAAUUUAAGAAAUGUAUUCCACCAGUUGAAUAAGUUCUUAAGGAUAGUGGUAUGUCAAAGAGUUAAAUUCAUGAAGUAGUAUUAGUAGGAGGAUCUACAAGAAUUCCAAAAGUUUAAGAAUUAUUAAAGGAUUAUUUUAAUGGAAAAGAGUUGAAUAAAUCAAUUAAUCCAGAUGAAGCAGUUGCAUAUGGUGCAGCAGUAUAAGCAGCAAUCUUAACUGGAACUGGAUCAUAAAAAUGUGAAAAUUUAGUAUUAUUGGAUGUAACACCAUUAUCUUUGGGUAUUGAAACAGCAGGAGGUGUUAUGAGUGUAUUGAUUCCAAGAAAUACUACAAUUCCUACUAAAAAGAGUUAAGUAUUUACAACUUAUGCUGAUAAUCAACCAGGAGUCUUAAUUUAAGUAUUUGAAGGUGAAAGAUAAAUGACAAAAGAUUGUCAUAAAUUAGGAUAAUUCUAAUUAGAUGGUAUUGCUCCUGCUCCUAGAGGUGUUCCUUAAAUUGAAGUCACAUUUGAUAUUGAUGAAAAUGGUAUCAUGAAUAUUCUUGCUGAAGAUAAAGCUUCAAAGAAAAAUAAUAAGAUUACUAUUACAAAUGAUAAAGGAAGAUUAUCUAAAUAAGAUAUAGAUAGAUUAGUUAGUGAAGCUGAAAAGUAUAAAGCUGAUGAUGAAAAAAUCAAAUUAAGAAUUGAAGCCAAAAAUAAUUUAGAAUCAACUGCUUAUCAUAUGAAGAAUACAAUGAAUGAUGAAUAAUUUAAGGAUAAAUUCACUUCUGAUGAAAAGAGACAAUUAUCAGAUUUAGUUGAAUAAACUUAAAAAUGGUUAGAUUCACAUUAAAAUGAGGAAGCUGAUGUUUAUAAAGACAAAUUAAAAGAACUUGAAUCUAAAUUCCAUCCAAUUAUGCAAAGAGUAUAUGCCUAAACUGGAGCUGCUGCUGGAGCUGGAGCAUCAAUGCCUAAUAUGAAUAGAGGAGCUGGAUCAGAAUUCAAACCAACAGUAGACUAAGUCGAUUGA